UUUUAAUGGGGAAGGGGAGUUCCAAAGCUAAGAAUGUUUUUCUAUGCGGACUUGAUAACGCUGGAAAAACAAAGUAUCUUUACUCAACAAUGCAAGAUAUUAGUGGUGAAGACUUUGAACCAAGCGAAGGGUUCAAUUGUGAAAGAGUCUAUGGCACUGCUGAGAAAAUAAACAUCUGGGAAGGCGGUGGAGGAAAAUAUAUUCGUAAAUUCUGGCAUACUAUCGUCGAAAUCAUUGAAUUUAAAGCAGUAAUCUUUAUGGUCAAUACUUAUGAGCCUCACCGUGUCAAUGAAGCAAAGGAAGAGCUACACUCUCUUAUGUAUGACUUCAACCUAGGUAAGAUUUACCUGUAUGUAAUAUUCAAUACUCCUGUGAUAAAGAAGAACAACUUUGUGAAAUCUGAUAAUCCCUUGAAACUAAGUGAAUGGAGAGAUUUAAUGGAGCUUGAUAAGAUCGAAAAAGAAUCAGGGAAGAUAAUUGAGUUAAAAUCAGUCAUUAUGGAUGUCUCUGGGCCGCAUAAGAAAUUACUCAAUUCAAUAGAUUGGAUCUGUAAUAGGAUAGCGGGUGAUGAAGAGAGUGAGGAAGAGAAAGAAGAAGAGGGCAAGUAGGAGCAU